UCAUGGAUUGCUGAUUGAAUUGGUAUCAAAUUGUCGGACGACAUGCAUAAGGAAUGCCCGGAUUAAGAGAAACAUUUGACUGUAGUUUUUCAAUGUGUCGGACAGGAAUCAGACGAUGCUGGCAAUUCGUGUUAUGUCACAAACCAUUGAUGCUUGCAGUCAAAGACCAGUACAACAUUCUGUGUCUCGGUCUGACUGGUUCAGGGAAAAGCACAAUAUUAGCACAAUUAGUCGGUGAGAACACCGAUAACAUCCAACCGACCAAUGGGUUUAAUAUUAAGACACUGCCUAUUAAAGGGAUAGUUGUCAGCAUUAAAGAGUUGGGUGGUUCAGGAAGAGUACAGAAUUUCUGGAAUUAUUAUUUUGCAGACAAGAAUGCUAUUAUGUUUGUCAUCGACUCUGCUGGAAGUGAUGAAGAACUGCAACUGGCAAAAGAGACACUCAAGAGUGUCUUAUCAAAUGCACGCUUAAGAGGUCGGCCGUGUCUUGUGUUGGGCACACACAGUGAUAUAUCAGGAUCUAAGUCACAACAAGAAUUGGAAUCACUCCUACAGAACGUAAUGCAAGGAUUCAAAUGGCAAGUAAUGAUCUGUUCUUCAUUUGACAGACAAUUGAUUCGCAAAGCAUUUGAAACACUUAUUGAUAUGAUUGCUGUCAGCGGACAAUAA